CGCCGUUCCAUUUCGAUGAGUGAACUUUCGAGAGCAAUUCACGAUAUUAUUGUACGAUUUGUUCGAGUAAGAAACUUGAAUGAACAGCUAAUGUUACGUAAUAUAGUGUAAAUAAUUGACAAUUAUUACCGUCUUGUAAGAGAGACGUUCGUGUAUUGUACACUGGGUUGCAUUGGAUGUAUUUUUCACUUUCGGGGUGACAUAACCUGAGAUUAACCUGUCUGCUUAUGGCGAAUUAAAUUGGUGAGAUCUGACGAUUCGCGGCUUAACCAUGUUAUUAGAUUACAUAAAGAAUUGGAAAUACAGCGCUGCGCCUGAAGGCCAACAGCCAUUUGAAAAAGUGUUCGGGCUGAGUAAAUAUGGACUUUGCAGUAGUACUCUAAUUGGCGCAUAUGAUUGUAUAGUUGUAUCUCAGACACUCACUUUCUGGAAUACAGUAAAUACCAUGUCCUAUUGGGUGAUACCUAUCACUGCCAUGUGUGCCACUUUUGCUUCUGUGGCGUAUACAGUGACAAAAAUCAGAGGAAAAGAUGGUUAUGCCAAUUAUUUUCUGGCUUCAUUAGCUACAGGUGGAGUCUUCUAUCAAUGGCAGAGAUGUGCUGUAAAGAGUCAUAGCUUUACCAUUGCAUUGAUUGUGUGCUCCAUGCUUAAGAAACAUAGCGAUUUCAAUGGAUGGAAACCUUUUGCAUCAGACAUUAAAAUAUUAACUCAACAUACUACUUUUCCCAUUGAUUUUAGUAUGAUCAAAGAUCCUAAGGGACGUAGACCCUGGCAAUAAUGAUCUUAUAUACAUAAAGUAAAAGAUUAGUAUUUCUGAUACAUAAAAUUAAAUGAAAUGUUAUAUAUAUAUAUAUAUAUAUAUAUAUAUAUAUAUCUGUAAUUGAUGAUACAUAAAGAGGUACAAAAGA